AUGGACUGUAGGUCGUUCCUGCCAUAUUGUUGCAUUUGGACAUCUACCGUUCUUAUCGAGUCCAACCAGCAUCUAUACUACAGCUUCGCAGGCAUCUCAAUAAUUGACUUUAGUAUAACGACAACAAACCCCCGGGAUGAGGACUUCUGGGCAAGAUUCACGAGCUUGAAGAAGAAGAAGCCAUCUUUGAAGACCUACAUUUCUGUUGGAGGUUGGGACGUUGGGGGUACACCAUUUUCCAUCAUGGUCCGGUUCCCGGGAACGCGCAAGCACUUCAUCAAGUCUGCACUUAACAUGAUGAGGAAAUACGGGUUUGAUGGUAUAGACAUUGACUGGGAGUAUCCGGCGGCAGAAGAUCGAGGAGGGGCACAUAGUGACACGGCAAAUCUUGUUAACUUUCUGAAAGAGCUUCGAGCAGCUCUGGGGAGUGAAUAUGGUCUAACAGUUACACUACCAACUUCCUACUGGUACUUGAAAGGGUUCGAUAUUGCGAAUAUGGUUCAAUACGUGGAUUUCUUUAACUUCAUGGCAUAUGACAUUCACGGUACAUGGGAUGGACGCACUAGUAAAUGGACGAAGUCAGUGGUCAAUCCGCAUACCAAUCUGACAGGUACGUACGACGCUCUGGUAUUUAAUCAUUAUUGGCACGAUUAUAGCAAGAGCCAAACUAAUCGUUCAAUCCUAGAGAUUGCUGCUGGUCUUGACCUUCUAUGGCGCAACAAAAUUGAUCCGAGCAAGGUCGUACUGGGCCUUGGUUUCUACGGCCGGUCCUUUCAAUUGGCCAACCCUUCAUGCAGCACUCCAGGAUGCGCAUUCUACACAGGACAUGGCAGCAGUGGAGGCGCUUUGGCUGGUGAAUGUAGUGGAACCAGCGGUAUCCUCUCGAAUUAUGAGAUAAGCCGAAUCAUCAAGUCUUACGACCCCACUAUCGAAUAUGAUGAAGCGGCCGCUGUGAAUUGGAUGACCUGGAGCUCGGAUCAAUGGGUUUCCUUUGAUAAUGGACGUACGUUAAAGCAGAAAGCCAAAUUUGCCAAUAACAAGUGUCUCGGGGGCCUGCUCAGCUGGGCCGUGGACUUGGGUGGACCUGGCUCUCUAAAGAAUCCUAAUCUCUUCACCGAUUCGGACUUGAGUAUGGAUGGCGCCGAUCCCGGCGGUGGUAGUGAUGGUACUGGCAAUCUUUACGUUGGCGCUGAGGUCUUGAAUCCCGACUCAAACUCGGUUACUGCCAUUGCUCCAGUAAACAUUGUCUUCCCUAUAUCGACCCUACCAAGUCCGACUACGAUUGCCCCUAGCGGUUACCCGACAUCCUUGGAAGUGGCCUGGCCGACGACGAAAACUGUGACCAGCGGAAACAUCAUAACAGUGACUAGCACCAUCACACGUUACAUCCAGACCACUACCAUUGCUGUACCAUCACUUACUGUGCGCGAGCAUGGCUUCUAUAACUGGAAUAUUACUGACAAGGAUACGACCCACCUUGUUAGGGCAUUGAUUCCUAGCAUUCGGUUGCCACCGAUAGUGAUCACGGAUGACCCAAAUCCUCUGAAGGAAACAAGUGUUUCGCACACGCCCGCUGUGACCAGGACUAUACACCUUCCACCGUGGCCAUGGACUACAGACGGCGCUAAAUAUCCCAGGAUCACCUUCACUCAAGGAGGACCCCCUGGACCGACAUGCACAGCAGGCUGUGGUACACUCUGCACCCAAUUCUGCGACGGGCCUUGCCUGAACAAUUGUGGUGAUGCGUUCAGCCGGGAUUUCAUUUCCCCUCUCGAUGAUGAUCCGCCGACAGUCGCCCCUUGUGCUGGGAAAGACUGCAAAAACGGCAAGUGUCAAGGAGAGAUCUGUAUCGAGAAGGGUUGCACCGGUGCAGACUGUCAGAAUAGAGUCUGUGUUGGAGAUGAUUGUAAACCCACAGGAUGCACUGGGCCCGACUGUGAUAAGGGCCAUUGUUCGGGGAAGAAUUGUCAAGAUCAUGGGUGUGUUGGCAAGGACUGCGAUAAACAAUCCGGGGGCUGUUUCGGACCAUUGUGUCUUUCUUGGGGCUGUCUGGGCCCACAGUGCUCCAGUACUGACUUCGUCUGUACUGGGCUUCACUGCCGCGUGGUAUCUUGCUCGGGCCCAAGUUGCAAGAACGGUAACUGCACUGGCCCGGGCUGCAUGACAGAAGAUGGGGACUGUGAAGCGAAGGAAGCGGAGUCCUGCACUGAAUGGAUUAGUAGUACCAUGAUGACUCCAGCCUCCACCUACUCCACCCAGACAGUGACCACAGCGUGUAAGACAAUUAGCGCUUGCAAUGCAAAGGGAACCACUGUCACCAAGACGAUAGACGAGGAUGGCUUGGUCGAAGGGACCGUGACAUAUAUUGAGAACGACGUCCCAACUGACGCUGCAGACGAUGCUAUUGCGAGCUCUCUUGCAAGCUACUACUCCAGUUAUUGGUCCACUGUGGAUGCGACUUCCACCAGCUCCACCGUCAGCAGCACUACUACUACUACAUCUUCCUCUGGUGGCGGCCAGACCCAUGAUCCCAUCCCCAACUCCCUUAUCAUCCUUAAAGAGCAUGUAGAGGACGAGCAUUUUGACUCCUCUGUUAGCCACUAUUACAAGUGGUACAGUGUUUACUACAGCUACCGGCACCAGGUUACCGAGAAGGGUAUCUGCGCGUUAUCCGGCAAGGUUGAUGGACCCGUUAAGAGCGAUGAGGGAGAAGAGUAUCCAACCUCUCUGGGACCUUUCGCUUUAGGCCAGUAUACCGGCUGUUUGUACAGUGGAAGCAAGCACAGGCCUGGGUCUGUGAAAUGUGACAAUUCGGAACUCGCUUUCACCUGUCUGGGGUACAAAUAUAACGCUCAUGCAGCGGACUGGAACUGUGGGAAGACCUACACGAAGGAUGGAACAACGCAUUACAGCAAUUACUAUAAAGCCGUUGAGUGCCUCAUCUUUUGA